GAUCUGGAUGUAACAGUAAAGAAAGGAUCCGAUAUGAAACUCCUCAUCACUGGAACUCCAAUCCAACACUCAGAUCCGCAUGAUCUUCAUUGACGUUUUUAAUAGUCAGCACACGAAUAAAGCAGCGUGUACAGGAUCAUCUCUUACAUAAUCACCAGCAAAGAUGAACACAGUUAAAGGUAAGUCGGUAACUUGGAAGCCACAGCCGUGGCAGGAUGCAGACAGCGACGGUGGCGAGCCCCUUUCCGACAGCGACUCUGAAGAAGAGGAUUUUCCAGAUGACACAACUACUCCGCUCGGGGAGUACAUAACUGAGGGGUUAAAGCAGCUUCUUGAUGCUCAGCAGUUGUGUGAUGUCACUCUUUUGGUAGAAGGAAAGAGGUUCAUGUGCCACAGAGUUCUUUUAGCCGCCGUCAGCCCGUAUUUCCGUGCCAUGUUCACCAGCCCCCUGGUAGAGUCCCGACUCACCGAGAUCCGAUUAGAGGAGGUGACGCCAUCAGUCAUGGAGACGGUCAUCCAGUUCGUCUAUACGGGCGAAGCCGAGCUCUGUCUCGAAACGGCGGAGGACUUGUUUGUUGCAGCCAACCGUCUUCAAGUGAUGCCUCUGCAGAAUCUAUGUUCUAGGUUCCUUUUCGAGCACCUUUCCGUGGAGAACUGUUUGGGUAUGUACUCCCUGGCACGUUCCCAUCAUGACCAGCUCUUGCUCAGGGCUUCGUUAAGGCUGGUGGCUCAGCAUUUUCCUCGGGUGUCACGCCAGUGUGAUUUCCUCCAGUUAGAUCCAGGCACCCUGGCCAGCCUGCUGGAGUCGGACCGGCUGGGAGUCGAGUCCGAGACGGGGGUCUACAACGCGGCGCGGCGCUGGGCCGAGCACCGGCCUUCUGAGCGCUACGUUCACAUGCCGGCGCUGCUUCGCCAUUUGCGCCCGGGCCUGUUCGACCCUGAGGAGAGUCGGAGGCUCAACAAGGAGCUCGGACCAAAGGCGAGCACCGAGUUCAUGGGCGGACCGCUGAGACCCCGCGAGGGAAUGCUGGAGAAGAAGAUUGUUUGCGUGGACCUUAAGCCCAGGGAAGAUGAUGCGCUAAGAGAAAGUGAUUACACGGUGGAUUGUUUUGACCCACGCACUGGCCUAUGGGAGAAAAUUUCAGCCCUGGGCUCUUUGCUGUGCCCGGGCUGCACAGCUGUGGGCAGUCGUCUGUUUGUAGCUGGUGGAAUUCUACGGACAGGCCAGGUUUCAUCCGCCAUGCACGAGUAUGACGUAGUGCUGGACAGCUGGAUAACACGGCCUUCCAUGGAGCAGCCACGUGCCAUGUUUGGUCUCCUUGGCUCUGGGAACUUACUUUAUGCCCUGGGUGGCUGCAACCGUUCCGCUCUUCUUGACACUUGCGAAACGUUUGACCUCACCACUUUGACUUGGGCAGUCGGUCCACGUUUGCCGUUGCCCCUGCGCUCCUUCUCAUGCGCCGCGCUCCGGGGGCGACUCUACCUGCUCGGAGGUGCCACCCUGGAGCAGAACAGAGCCAUAGUGCACUCCGGCGUGCUUAUUUACCACACCAGCACAAGGACCUGGAACCACAUCGCGCUCGACUCUGGAGCCACAUGCCUGGCCGGAGGAGUGGCGGUACGCGGCGGAGUCUGCGCCGUGGGCGGAUACAUGCGGGACGGCGCCAAAUUUCUGGACGGCAACUUCACCCAACUGGAACCGGUCGACGCCACUGGGCGGGUUCUGUUUUUCCGAGAAGGACGGGCGUCAGGGAUGGACCGCGACAUGUACGCCGGAGUCGAACGCAUGGGAGCUAACGGAAGCGAACGCGCUCCCAGUCCGGUCGUCUUUCCAGGCCUGCCUCGGCGCAUCGCCGCCGCAGGGGUCGCUAGAUGGAACCGGAGGAUUUACGUCCUGGGUGGGGAGAACGGCUCGAGGUUCUAUGACAGUGUGUACUGCUGGAAGCCCGGCUGGCGGAGCUGGGUCCAGAGACGUGAGAAACUUCCCGGAGACACCGGGGGGGUGAGCCAGUUCGGGUGCACCACUCUGAAGUUCCCCAAAAAACACAUUUUAAAACGGCUUAGAACAGCCCUGGAAAAGAAGGGGAAGGAUAAGGGACGCAAGCGGAAGACCGAGGGCACGGAGAGGAAACGGCAGACCAGAAAAGCCAAUCAGCAAGUCUGAUAGUAUUUAUGAAUUUACAGGUCAAGCCCCACUGUCCCAAAUUUGGGAAAUGUUAUCAUUUAGUUGUUUUUAUUUUAAUUUCCUGCUUUAAUAUUUGGAUGCAAAAUUGACGAUUUGCUGUGAAAUACUGCGUAAGCAUUUUUACCUUUUAAGUUACUGAAACUUAGUUUGAUCAUACAUAAAAAUGAGCAAUA